AAAAAAAAAAAAACUACACGAAAUCUACUGUACCCAUUUUUACCAAUUUUACCCAACAUCCCGAAGUGAUUCUACACUACGAUGGCCCCUAAUAAAAUUCACUCAACUGCAGAGAGGCUGAGUAUAAUGACCUAAAAAUACCUACUUUUGGCGUGACGAUUAUAAUCCAAGUAACUCUACAGACCACGAUGAUGAAAACAAUUAUCUUCUAUGCUGGUCCACAGGAGUUAAAAUUCAAUUAAGUAAAUGAUGAAGUAUCGCUUUCGAUUUACCGUCAAAAUUGAUGAAUAAUGAAUGAAUUUUGUUAACUCCGUCUUGAUACGAAUACUCAAAGUAGCAAAACAUUGGCGAUUGAUCAGUUUUCGAGCUUUUCAAGUAUAGUCUACAAAAUUUGAAAACACUUUUGAUCAUUUGAAGUAAAAUAUGAUGGAUUUUAUGAAAUAAUAAAUGCAAAAACGAAAAAUGAUCGAAGCCAAAAUGCAACUUUGCAAAGCUUCUCGAUUUAUCCGCCAAACAUUGGAUGACAUCACGUGGUACAGGAUCCGUAAAAUAUUGACGCUUCAUCUUUCUUCCCAAUUACUUUGUCCGUGACAACUUGAAAAAAAAUGUUUUGAUGAGAGGUUAAGAAACAUUGAAGUGACUUCAAGUAAUUGAAUAAAUAUGUAAAUAUUGUAGAUUUAAAGUGCAUAAUCCUUCUAAUAUCUAAUAUGUGUAAAAUUCUAGGGCUCACUCAUUUCCAUCAGUAGGAAUCUUCGGCAAAGAAAAUUUUUUCCCACCGCAACUGAAGGUUACCGUAAUAACAACAACAUAGUCAUUCAAAUUGAAUUUGCCUAGAAGUGUGUUUCGAAACCCUUCGAAGCUGUACGAAACCUUUGGCGAUAAGUAUUGUAAUUGAUUGGUGGAUGAAAUCUCGACGCUUUCACCGAAUAUUGACUCCAAAAAACUCUGUACAAACUCAUCGAUAAAGUCCGCAAUUCGUCAUGUCUGCAACACCAAAGCAAUUAUCAAACCUGCUUGAUAUUCUGGACGAGGAGAACCUGGAUACCAGUUUAGAAUCACUAUCUAAUCAGUUACACCAGGCGUUUGCAAAGGAGGAUCUCUUCAAAGUCGGAACAACCUUGUUGCUGCUUCUUCAGCACAUCGAUCUCCUGCCAAACAAUGUUCAGCGAAUAAUGGCGCUCGCUCUUCUCUACGACCUUUAUCGAGGCGAGCAACUGGCGUCCACGCCGUUUGCCACAGUGUUCAUCCAGGUAUUGAAGCCCUCGGAUGAGAGUGCUUCAGGUUCGGUGUCUCGGCCAAACUUCUCUGGACACAUCCCGGCGCUCUCCAGAUGCGAGAAGAACCUGCUUAGCCACCUACUCGGCUAUGGAGCCAAAGAGACGAUGAAAAAAACAGCGAGACAAAUCAUAGAAGAGAUGUCUCACUCGGCUACUCCUCUCGUCGAUCUCACUAGUCUGCAGCUUCAACUAGCCGAAAGGCUGUCGGAACUACCAAGUGUAAGCAAAUGUGGAAAUCCAGUAAUCCUCCCGGAUAUGGACCGCUCGAAAGCUGGCGAGAUAGACAAGAAAGUUGGCAGAGCUAUAGCGGAGAGUCUUGUGAUCGGCGAGCCACCUCUUUGUAGCCAAAGCUAUCGGCCAGAAUUCCUGAGGCUCACACCACCGUUGUAUCACUCCGCAGAUGAACUUGCAUGGAUGAACGUUGAGGAGCCGAGCCAGUUCACGGUUGAGUACGAUUCUUCCAUGUGUGUGUCUAAUUGUGCAGGGGCCGAGGCACGCAGGCUGAUGGGCAGAGCGUAUAAGAGCGCCUUGACGCUCCAGCAGCAACAGCACUUGCUUAUGGAGCUAGACGCUGACCCAAAACUCGUUUAUCACAUCGGUUUGACCCCCGUAAAGCUUCCGGACUUGGUUGAAAACAAUCCGCUAAUAGCUAUUGAAGUCCUGCUGAAGCUUAUGCAGUCCAGCCAAAUAACAGAGUACUUCAGCGUGCUGGUUAAUAUGGAGAUGUCCUUGCAUUCGAUGGAAGUUGUGAAUAGAUUGACAACCACAGUCGAUCUACCAACAGAGUUUGUUCACCUUUACAUCAGUAAUUGCAUAUCGACUUGCGAAACCAUCAAAGAUCGAUAUAUGCAAAAUCGUUUAGUCCGUCUGGUUUGCGUGUUCCUUCAGUCUCUGAUCAGAAACAAGAUAAUCAAUGUUCAAGAACUUUUCAUCGAAGUACAAGCCUUUUGCAUCGAAUUUAGCAGGAUUAGAGAAGCUGCUGCGCUCUUCCGGCUGCUUAAACAACUUGAAUCUGGUGAUAUCGGUGGGCUCAAUACCCCGCCGGCUAAGAGUAAGAUCGAUCCUUGCUGAAAAGAGUUAUUGCAAGUAAUGGAAAACUUGGAUUGUAAUCAAUAGUUAAGAAAUGGAUCAUCGUGGUAUUGCGCUUGGAAAGUUGAGAUGCUUCAGUUGGUAUACUCUUCAUGGAAAUAUUGAACCAAAUCUUCUGGGCCGCAUGGAUUCGAAUUUUUUUUUAACAUUCAAUAAUAAUAAGUAUUGACUGAUCAGGAAAUAUUCUGUUACUCAAUCGAUUUUUUAGCAGAAGAACUAGGUAAUGAGUUUUUUUUUUUUCAAGUCAAUUUUGUUUAAAUUUGACAAUAUUAUUAUUUUUUUUCUUUUUUUUUUACAAGUAUACGUAUAAUAAGUUCUGUUUUAUACAAAUUCAUGAAAUCAAUAAUUUUGAACUCUUUGUUCCAUAAUUAAUAUUUCUGUAAAACGUUUACUUACGUUAAUACACAAUCUUAGAAUUGGGCAAGGACUUCAUUCGAAAGUGUAAUAUCAAUAAAAUAUAUACUUUACAGUUAACUAGUUUCUCCUGGCUGUUAUUACCCGUGCAGAUAUAUUUAUAUACGUAUAUGAUAGAUGAAAUGUUAUGGUUAAACAGUUUUAGGAAAUAAUUUCCAAUGAUAAAUUGACUCUUUAAAUUAUCGCAAACAACGAAUCACCUAUAAAGUGAUUAGAACAAGUCCUGCAAUAAAUUUAAAACUUAUAUAAAUCCCGUAUUUAUUCAUAGGUAGAAACGAAAAUUUAGUCUACAAAAUUCAGUUUUUGCAAAAAAAGUAAUACGUCAAUGUUAUAUUUCAACAAUUCAAGAAACCAUCAUAUGUUAAUCACCAAUGAUAGUCUGAACAUAUUGCGAAUAAUGAUUUUAUCAGUAGUUGAUCGACUAUUGAUUUCUCAAGUGAAUUCAUAAAUAAUUGAAUAUAAAUAUUCGUGCCGUCAAUUUUCUGUAUUGUUAUAUUAAAUAUAUUUAUAUGACAUAGGCAUAACUGAAGCCAUAAAUGUGUCUUUUUACGGGCAAUACACAUAAAGUACGGAUCGUAUGGCUACAGAAAAUACAGGUCUUGUUUCAAGCUGGUCGAUUUUCUAAUAAGCUUACGACACUGCUUUAUAUUUCAUAUACUUUCUAUACCUAUACUAUACUUUCAACCUAUAGUAUGAUAUUUUAUGAUAUAUGAUUCGAGUCGUCCUCAGACGUGUAUCUUUUAAAUAAAGAUUGUUAUUAUUAUACACAACAUUUUUAAAAAUUAUCUUCCAAUUCCAAUCAUUUAUAUUAGCUCAGUGUUAUUUUAAUUACUAUUGUUACAAUCAUUGUCAACGUCAUCAUCAUCAUCAUCAUGAUUAUUAUUAUUAUUGUUAUUAUUACUGCUACUACUACUACUAUAUUAUAUACACGUAGAAUAUAAUUUGACUUUUAAAGAGAAAAUUAGUUGUACUCUAAUUCAUGUAUAGGUAUAACAUUACAUUAAGUGUUACGAGACCGCAAAUGGACUUUAAAAUUUUUAUUAGAAACCAAACUUGGUCAGACUGGAUUUGAUCCAUUUUAUUCAUGUGACAUAUCUGUUGUUUUCUAUGACCGUAAACUUAAAACCGUUACACCUUUAAAUUGUUAUGCGAAUUUGUACAAUAUUCUAUACUUUAUCCUGAUGCAAUCUCAAGCGGACGCAAAAGCUUGUGUAAAUAGAUCGUGUGAAAAGAAAUCAAAAAGAGAAUAAUCGUAUUCACGUAUGAAGAGGAGAAUUAAAAAAAGCUGUCGGUGCCAUUUAUUUAUUCCAUUUUAUUUUUAAUAUUUUUUUUAAUUUAAAAAUUUUACUUUUAAAUUCCCAAUGAUAAAUAACUAUGCAGUAAUUUUACAGUUGCAGGCACUUGCACAUUUUUUGAUUUCUCCUCUUCGUAAGUGCAACUAACAACAAUUUCGGAAUUUUUCAUCGCUCUGGUUAGGUGUAAAUCAAUCAAAUUUCGAUUGAACAUCUAACACAACAAUAUCUCACAAUCUUCAACUAAUUUUCAAUCAUUCAAUCAACGAAAGGUAUCAACAAGUACCUUUAAUUUAUGUACAAAAAUCCUUAAUCACUAUGAUGAUAUCUUGAGAAGUAUUUGAUCACUUCAUCGAUUCAAUUUAUCUCAGAUGCAAUAAUGCGGGUCAGUCGGAACCUCUUAGCCGUUACCUCGCACAUUAUAAAAUUGCGAAAGUACAACUAUGGAUGAGAUUUUAAAUCUUAUGGUCCCCGAUCACUCAGCAAAGAUGCCUCUAUCAGGUUAAUAUAAAUGGUUCUACUCGUAAAUUUUGAGUUAAAAAAACGGAGAACUAAACAUAUGGAAUUCAUAAUUUAUUGUUAGUCUUUUCAAAAAUAUCAAAUUAAAAAAAAAAAAAAAAUCAACUCCAAUUACAACGCCUACCGAUAUAUGAGGUUAAAGUUAGUACGUUGCCUUGAUAAAACGUUAGGAAGAAAAAUCAUCACUUUGCAAUUUUAGAAUGAUUUUGAAAGAGUUGAGUUUUAAAAAUAUGAAAACGUUUCUGCCUCGUUACGAUUUACUCAAUUUCGGACCAAAUUAAA